AAGGAACACAUGGACAUAUCAUCCGUACCAUCGUCCUUUUGAGGAACUAAACUACAACGAUUUCGAAUAAACGUGUGCGAUGACACAUCAAGUGACUGUGUGCGCCAAGCUUAAAUCAAUUGUAACAAAUCUAAGAAACUUUCCUUGUAAAACAAUGUGAAUGGUGUCAUAGAACCCUCCUUUCCUUCAACGGUGAUCUGGCCGUCUAUUGAUUCUAAAUAGUCUCUAAAAAUUCCAAAUAAACGCAAGUGUCUCUAAAUGGGUGCCAACAUGGCCAAGAAUACGUCCCUCUUGGACGCGCUGCCGUCCGGCCAAGGAACGCUGCACGUCGUCAUGCUUGGCCUUGACUCGGCCGGCAAGACGACAGCACUGUACCGACUCAAAUUCGACCAGUAUCUCAACACCGUGCCGACGAUAGGCUUCAACUGCGAGAAAGUAAAAGGGAUGAUCGGCAAGGCGAAAGGUAUAAAUUUCCUCGUCUGGGAUGUGGGUGGGCAGGAGAAAUUGCGUCCGCUGUGGAAGUCGUACACACGAUGCACCGAUGGUAUCGUCUUUGUGCUGGACAGCGUCGACGUGGAGCGCAUGGAGGAGGCGAAAAUGGAACUGAUACGCACCGUUAAGUCGCCGGAGAAUUCGGGCGUGCCGAUUUUGGUGCUCGCCAAUAAACAAGAUCUGCCUUCGGCGCGCGAACCCUGUGACCUGGAGAAACUGCUGGGGUUGACGGAGUUGGGCGGUGGUAGUUCUGGACAUUUGUGGCACGUGCAGCCGGCGUGUGCGAUCACCGGCGACGGCUUGCACGAAGGACUCGAAGUGUUGUAUGAAAUGAUUCUCAAGAGACGGAAACUCGCGAAAAUGACGAAGAAGAAAACUAGUUUUACCGCCUAAUUCAUCACCCAUCAAGUCCUGCAAAAUAACAACAGACAACCAAUCAAUAUCAGCAAACAUCAACAAUUAAUACGCACGCAAUUCAAUACGCACCACAAUGUUGCAGCACAUGAUAUCGACGGUUUAAAUUUAAAACUCAAACAAAGAAAAGAAAAAAAAACAACGCAGAAAAUAAAAACUCAAAUUAUUGUGCUUUCAAAUUUUUAUACGGACAAUGAAAAUGACAAAAGAACAUCAUUUAUAUAUAUUGCUCACUAGACGUGUACACGUGUAAUUGUUAAAGAUGCUUUACGAAGUAAGGCGACGUUAAAUGUGUAUCAACUCAAUGUUUUUGCGAGAAGUACCAUCCGUGAUGACGUUUUCGAUUUCAAUUUGAAUUGAGAAUAUCUAAAUAUUAACAAAAUUUUACGAUAAAAUAUUUAUAAUAUUUUAUUAAGAUCGAUAUAGCAUAAAAAUAUAUAACAACUAUAAAUUAAUCACCGUUGAUUAAUUAAUUAGUCCAUGAUUGAUAGUCACGAUGAAUUGAACAGUUUCAUUCGUAUUAUCUAUCUGUGAGCAUGCACGAUGAACACUAAUGAGGUGCUUUAAGUGUAUUACUUUUUGCUUGAUUUUUGAUAUGAUUAGCGAAUAGAUGAAAUGCAGCAAACGGGCAAAUACAUUAUACAUUUGUAAUUUGCACUAAUCACAGCACUAAUUGAUGAUUUCAUGCUAUAAAUCGAAUCGAACCGAAAUUCACACACAAAACCAUGUGAUAUUAAUCAAUUGAAAUUUCAAUGUUUUGAUGUAAAUAAUGUAAAAUAUGCACGAAGCACACACAUCUCUUGGAAUCAAUCGUAAAUUAAUCCGUAAUUAAAUCCAUUGUUGAGUGUAUAAUCCACAUUUUAAAAGUCUGAUUUAAGUCGCGUUCGACUUUAAACAUAAUCUGUUUUUUAUUGUUACGAUUCUUGUUGCUGAAAUUUGAAAGUAGGAAGUUUGAGAAGUGUACAUAUACGUAAUUUGACAAAUGAAAAGUAAAUCCAUUGUUAAUGUGCAUCUAUUACUUAUUAUUAGCUGUUGCACUCACUGAAGAUGAUGGGAUUUGAAAGCGACAGAAAAACAACGAGAAGCCGAGUAAUUGUCGUUGAUUCGCCAAAAUUUAAUCCACCCUACAAGAGACACGCACGAACAGUAUUGAUAGAGCCCCUCAAUUGCCGACCAUCUAUUUAUCUUAUCGUAAAACGUGAAAAACGCCUUAGUUCAUUAUUGUAUUCUUCAUAUAAUGAACACCAAAUCGUGUAAGCCGUACCGUACGCCAAGUCAUAGCAUUGUGUGUAUUGUAGAUCGAAAGAUCGAAAGUGAAAUCGUGUAAUCUCUCUCAGUCAUUUCUCACAAUGCGAUCGCCGUAAUGUAACACGAAUAGAAAGAAUGUUGUGGUGGAAAUUGCGCUCGAAGCACGCCGAUGAACAAAGGUCAUGCCCACGAAGAAAAAACAAUAAUUAAUAGACUAAGACCUGCUAAGACUGAAGAACGAAGAGUGGAUGACACGUCGGGCGAGUGCUCGAGCUCUGGAGAAGAAUGAAAGUUCUCUCGGUGUAACGUGCGAACGUUUCGUAAGCUAUUCUCAUCGAACCAAUAAUUACUAAGAACAAUAAAAGUGACACGGUGUUACAAUUAAAUUGAUGAUGAUGUAGUGAGUGUGUGCUUUGCCAGCUUGUUUUCGAGAUGAAUGCAUCGUGCGAAAUCGUAAUUGAAUUCAAUUGCAUUGUAGUGCAGUGGAAAUUUAAACGAGAAAAUGUCCGAUAAUGAAAAUUAUUUCUCUAGAAACAGUUUUGAUUGGUAGUAAAAUUUUCUUCUGAUGAAUAAUAUCUAUGUAGGUACAUAUUAAUAUAGAACACAAGAAAAGAUUUUUUAUUGGUUGUUUGAAUAUUUUGUGUUAUUGUAGUCAUACUCACUGGGGAUGGAACCAAAGGAUGUGAUUGCUCAACGUAUAUGUUAUAGAAAAUACAAUACCGAGAAUGAAGGAGUAAGAAUUUGUCAUAUUUUGAUUUCUAAUCAGUUUUUAACAGAUACAGUGUAUUGUAUAUUCUACUAUGACGAAAAAAUAGAAGAAUGAAAGAUAUUUUAGGAUAUUAUGAGUUGGGUUUUAAGAGUAAUUGUUUAUUUUGUCGUUAAACAUGUAUCUAUUCAGUUCCAUGCUAUGUCAUAUAAUUUAAUUAUUAUCUUCGCAGUUUUAUUAUCGUUUUAUUUUAUUUUAUUGUUUGCACGUUCACAGCAUACGUACCUAGCGAUAUUAUUUAGUAAUCAUAAUUAUUAUUCCUUUGUGUCUGUUGUAAGUUGCAAAUACUAUUUUUUUAUUUUAUAAAAAGCAACCAGAGCAACACAAUUAAUAAUAAGUUUCUUUACCAGAACCAAAGGUGCUCAUCAUGUUUUAAUUUCUAUUGCAAAUUCUGUCAUGUUAACUAUUUUGAUUUGAUUUCAUUCCUUUCAUUUUUUAUUAUUAUAUAAUGAGCAAUUGUAUCAUUAGUUUAGUUUAUUUUAGCGAUUAAGAUAAUUGCGGGUGAUAUUUAAUAACUAAUUUGAUUACAGAUUAAUUUGUGUUUGAGUUUUUGUUCGUAUGGACUGUGAAUGAAUGUAAUUUAAAAGGGAAUAGAAUUAUAACGACUCUUUGAUUUGGUCCAUUGCCAAAAGCAGCUGAAAUUGUCAUUUGUUAUAAGAGCAACUAAAAUAGAUUGGUAAAUAUUUAUUAUUAAACGAACUAUGAGUGUAGUUUUACCAAAGGGUAAAAUUCGGAGCGGAGCGGAAUUAUAAAGAGUAUUGUAGUCAAUUGGUUAACGAAACGUGCAAGUGCUAAAGUAGACGUUUGCGACUGUAUAUUGAUGAUUAUAUUGCAACAAAUAUUCGAAUAGUUAUCUAUAUGUUUACUCUGUCAGUCACAACACAACUAUGAUCAACAUGUACGUAGCGAUGCACUAAUUUAUCCGAAUGUCGAAUCAAUCGCAUUCAGCGUUCAUUUAUUCGAAAAAAUAUGAAUGAUUGCUUGCAAUUGAGACUUGUAAAUUGUGUUUGGUUUGUUUUGAGUUGGAUAAUGGAGGGACGAUAAGAUAUUACCAAUUACUAUUGUUUUCUAAAAUGUGACAAUGAAAGAAAAUCAGAAUAUAACAAAUAUUAUAUGAUAUAUAUUACAAAAAAUAUUAUAUGUACAUUGAAUAAAAUGAAUUAUUGUUUUCUUUAUAUAAAA